UUCAAUUUUUUUUCCGAAAGCGAAACCUACAGAUAUGACUUCUUUUUUUAAGUUUCUGACAAUUAUUUUCUAUUCGUUUGUGCUAAAGUUAAAUUUUUGUUUAUCGUGUGAGGCAUUUUAUUCGGUCAUUCCUGAAAUAGAAAAUAAGGUUGGAACAACACAUUUGUUACAAGAAGCUAAGGCAUCCUCACUCUCAUUUUGUGGAUCUUUGUGUAUCAACAGCUGCAACUGCUUUGGGUAUAAUCGUCAAAAGGAACAAUGUCGAUUACAUGUAAUUUGUGAUGUUGGUAACAUGUCUGUUACAGACGCUGGAUGGAGGUACUAUCGUGUAUCUCGUGAAGCCAAAGACUGUCUGGCGCUGUUCCAGACUGGACACACUUGUUCCGGUGUAUACACAAUUUACCCGACAGGAGGCGCUAAAACUGAUGUCGUCUGCGAUAUGAAAAUAAUGGGAGGAGGCUGGACACUUAUUCAGAAUCGUUUUGAUGGGUCUGAAAAUUUCAACAGGAACUGGGCCGAUUAUAAGAAUGGAUUUGGGUCGUCUGUCGGUGAAUACUGGAUUGGUAAUGACGUCAUUCACGAAUUGACGAAAAACUCCAGCUCAUUGUACAUUUCAAUCACCCUUAAUAACGGAACAACUUUUUUUGAACUGUACGAAAUAUUCUCAAUUUCGAGUGAAGCUGAUAAUUACAGGCUUUUUAUAGGAGGACAGGCCACUGGAACUCUCGGUAAUCGGAUGAGUCAAAUACCAGCAGGGGAUGAUAUCAAUGGAGCAAUGUUCUGUACACUGGACAGAGACAAUGACAACCAUAUUAACGGCCAUUGUGCCAGGGAUCACUCUGGAGGAUGGUGGUUCAAUAUCUGUCACGACGCCUACCUGAAUGGACCGUACGGAUCGCCAUCUUGGAAUCAACCUUGGUACCCUCUAUUAAGCACGGGGGAAAUGAUUCAGAAAACAUCUAUGAUGAUCAGGCGAAGCUAAUCUGCUAAAUAAACAAGAAAGAAAGGAACUCAGAAAACCUACAGGACUGAACUCUCCAUGCCAUUUUUAUCAAUGGUUGAAACCAUCAGCAACCUAAGAAAAAAUCACGGACUGCACGAAAUAUUCAUGAUCAUCUCUGACUCAAAUUCCCACAAAAGACUAUUUUGCUGCUUCUGUUAUCUAACGUUUUGAUGUACAUUUACAAUUUUUUAGUUAAUAUUUCUUACUUUUUACGAACAAUGUAUUAGUAAUUAGUAUUGUUUUAAAGAAAGAAUGUAAAUAUAA